UAUUUUAAUUUAAUACGUUAAAAACAGACAUAAAAAUCACAUAUUAAUAAUGGAAGAAUUUAAUAUUGAUAUCGCACAUGUUCUUCAGAAUAGAGACUUUAGUAUAAUACAAAAGUUAAAAUCAUAUUAUUCUAAUAUUCAAACAAAAAUAGCCGCUAAAGUUGAAGAUGCAACUACGUAUAAAAUUGAAUGUAUUGAGAAAAGAACACAAAAUGGUAAUAAAAUAUCAGAAUUACAACAAGAAGUGGAAAGUUUAAAAUCUGAAAUUGAUGCAACAGAUUUACAACAAAAAAUUGUAGAUAAAAAAAUUGCCAAUAUAAUAGAAGAACAAGAAAAUUUAGAAGAAGAAGUUAAAAAAACAAAAUCAAGAAGAAAUAGUUUAUCUAUUGAAAUUGUUGAAUUAAAUGAAGAAUCAAAGAAAAGAAAAGAAGAAAAGUUAUUAAAAUGGAAAAGUAUUAAAUGUGCUUGUCAAACUUAUAAACAAUAUUUAGAUUUCCGAAUACGUUUAAUCAAUAACAAAGAACAAGAACAAGAAGAAAUUAAAGUAUCUUUUUUUAUAAAUGAUACUGAUAUAAAAGACGAAUAUUUUGUACUAUUACUUAAUCAUAAUGAUCAAUGGAAAGUAGAAAAAAUUCAUCCCACACUUAAAACUGAACAUUUAACGGAUUUUAAAGAAAUUAUUGAUUUUUCUAAGCAAGUAGAAAUUUCAAAUAUAAUUGCAUUUCUUUGUAAACUUAGGCAUAUUUUUCUUCAAUAUUAUUUAAAUGUAAAGUAA